CCUCAACCUCCAUUUUCAAAACCACACGCUUUGUCGUAUUCCCUGCUCUCUCUCUAUCUCUCGAUCUCUUCUUCUUCUUCUUCCUCAAGGCGGAGUGAGUAACAUUCAAUUGGUGUUGAGAAUGGGUUGGAUUCCAUUGAGAUUCAACCAAGAACCUGCAAACAGAUCAAAAUCUGCAGUUAAUGUCUCCCAUGGCGGUGUUGUCGGCCUGAGAAUUCUUACCCAUCAUCUUCCUCAAGGAGAUCAUCAUCGUCCUUCCAGCAAUCUUCUCCUUUUGUCUGCAUUGAAUAUCAGAAAACCCAGAGCUCCGCAGCAACCUUGUUUUCUUAAAUGGUGUUGUCUCUGCAGAAGAGCUCUCCGGCUCGAUAAACAAGUGUACAUGUACAGGGGUGAUCAGGGGUUCUGCAGCGUGGAGUGCAGAAGCCGCCAGAUUCUUAUGGAUGAGAGGAAAGAGAUAGAGAUUGCUACUAAAAAUAGACUGGCUUCUCUCCGGCACCGCCGUGACGGCGGCCGCCGGCGGUGUGAUGCCAGUGCUUUAAAGUUAGACGAGUACCCACACCGGAGCAAGACGUUGUCGCCGUGUUCCAAUCGCCGAGCUAUUUUCACUCUCUCGUAGAUUGUCAAUUUUUUUUGUUUUGUUUUGUUUUUUUUUUCCUUUUUCUUUUUGGGGUAAUUAUUUACACUUCCUUUUCUUGAAACCCUUGCCAACUCGAAGGGAAUAUAAUUGUUGUAGCAUAUAAUAUAGGGAGAAUAUUACUAGUGAAUCUUGGACAAUAAUUUUUGUUGGAGUUAUAGUGUUAUAGGCACGUGCACGGAUCAAGUGACAAAAAA